AUGUGUGUCCCCGUCCUCCGUCACCUGUCACCUGUCCCUCCUCCUGCUCCUGCUUCUGCUGCUGUUCCUCCUGCUCAUCCUCCUGCUGCCCGUCCUCUUCCUGCUACUCCUCCUCCUUCUGCUCCUAUUGCUGCUCCUCCUCAUCCUGCUGAUCCCCCUCUUGCUGUUGCUCCUCUUCCUACUGCUCCUCAUCUUAAUGCUCCGCCUGCUGCUCCUCCACCUCGUGCUGCUCCUCUUCCUGCUGGUCAUCUUUGUGCUGUUUCUCCUGCUGCUCCUCCUGCUCAACCUGCAGCUGCUCCUCAUCAUGCUGCUUCUCCUCUUUCUGCUCCUCCUCAUGCUGCUUCUCCUCCUGCUGAUCCUCCUCUUCCUGCUGCUCCUUCUCUUGCUGCUCUUUCUGAUGCUCCUCUUCCUGCUUCUCCUCCUCCUUUUGAUCCUCCUUCUGCUGUUCCUCAUUCUGCUGAUCCUCCUCUUCCUGCUGCUCCUCAUCUUGCUGCUCCGCAUGCUGCUCAGACUCCUGCUGCUCAUCCUGGUGCUGCUACUCCUGCUGCUCCCUCUCAGGCUGCUCCUCCUCAUGCUGCUCCUGCUCUUACUGCUCCUCCUCUUACUGCUCCUUUUCCUCCUUCUUUUCUUGCUACUACUGCUGCUCCUCUUCCUGCUGCUCAACCUCCUGCUGCUCCUCCUCUUACUACUCUUCCUCUUGCUGCUCCUACUCUUGCUCCUCUUCUUGCUACUGCUGCUCCUCCUCGUGCAGCUCCUCCUCUUCCUGCUCUUCCUUCUCGUGCUGCUUCUCUUCCUGCUGCUCCUCAACCUGCUGCUCCUCUUUCUGAAAAGGAAGAGCUGCAGUAG